UCCAACUUUCACGAUGGAAGCUCUGUAUGCCCUGCCUUACAACGUCUUGGUUUGUCCGAAUCUCAAGCUAAAGAAACCAACAUGGUUAAAGCAGCCUUCUGCGAUGUUUAUGUUUUCAGCGAUCUUACUGUCGUACUUUCUUGUAACUGGAGGUAUUAUCUAUGAUGUUAUUGUUGAGCCUCCCAGUAUUGGAUCAACAACAGAUGAAAGAGGAAAUUCAAAACCAGUUGCUUUCAUGCCCUACAGAGUGAAUGGUCAGUAUAUUAUGGAGGGAUUAGCUUCCAGCUUCCUAUUUACUUUGGGUGGAUUGGGAUUUGUCAUAUUGGACCAAACAAAUAAACCAACAACUCCAAAACUAAACCGUAUCCUCCUUUUGGCAGUCGGAUUUGUCUGUAUACUUCUGUCAUUUUUUACAUGCAGAGUAUUCAUGAGAAUGAAACUUCCGGGUUACCUGAUGUCCUAGGUCAACAAGGAAGUAAUUAAGAUGUUCUUGGGAGAGAUAAAGGCUGAAGCAUCCUGCCAUUUUCUGUCAGAAUUAUACAAACGUCAGCUUCAUCACAUCUGUUCUAUAUUAGUUUUUGUUAUGCAAAUUUAAGUGUGAUGUGUGAACUAUUUAUAACGAGGAUAUCUUUACACAACAUUGCUUUAACUUCUGUGUAUGUAAUGUAUGAUCAUCCAAUUUCCAUACUUGAAAUAAAAGGUGACAUUUAUUUUAUUACAAGAAAGUUUUGUACUUUUUUAUCACCUGUCAUCAAUGUGAGUUAACCCACAUAUUAUAUUAUUUUUAUCGACCUAAUUUUCAAGGGAUUAGAGAGGAUAAUACCUGUCUCCUGGAGUAACCACCUAAACUUCCCACAGUCCUGUUGACAUUGAGAGAAUGUGGUCUGCCUUUAUGUACAUCUAGUUAUGCAUCUGACAUAUAUUUCUUCUAAUUGGUGCUGUUUUUGAAAGCAAUUUUGGAUUACAUGUAUCUGGUAAAUGUAACAACCAAUAUACCAAAGGCUGCAGCCAUGUUACUGAAGCAUAAGUUUACACAUACAAGCAUCGUAAAAGUGUAAUGUCAUCUGUAACCAUAAAAUAGAAUAAAAUAAAAUUUGUACUUUGAAUAUGUACAAGCAUAUCCAGUAAAUAUAUUUUGUGCGA